CUUCACUUCGCUGUGGGUGCCUCAUCAUCGCUAAACCGUCUGUUUCUCACAUCCGCUCUGCCAUACACCUUGGAAGGAAGCCAGCGGCGUGACCACUAGUUCGCCACACAGCAAACCAGUUGGAAAUCCUCCAGGGACGGUUGGGUGACCGACCGUCUCGUUUUGACGAGUUGCAGACACUCUUGCUAGAAGCUUUAUCUUCGCGAGCAGAAAUGUCCAAGUCUUGCAAGGGUCUGGCGUACGAGCUCGUCAAGUGCGUGGCGGAGAGCCCGUGUGUGAAGGAGAAAGGUCAGUCCGUGCAGGAGUGCGCGGGGAAGCAGCCGCCAGAGAUUCCGUCCAAAUGUGUGGGGCUGAGGGAGACGUACGCCAAGUGCAAGAGAGGACAGGUUGACAUGAGAACGCGGAUUAGAGGCAACAAGGGGUACUAGGAGCCAGUGAACUUCAUAGAAGGGUGGGACAUUAUCUUAGAGAAGGGUGCAGGGAGCUUCCACACAAGGGAUCUUAGAGACGUUUCGUAGGAUUUCUGAAGACCUUGCGUGUGGAAGAUGUCAGAAGUGGUAUGAUUCUCUCUUCUCUACUCUGUUUUUUUCCGCUGGAAAAACACAAGUGUACAAUAGUUUUGAGUUUACCUUAUGUGAGGUGGGUACAUACAGCAUACUUAUAUUGAAGGGAUCAAACUGGUUAUAGAAUUGCUCACUAUUUCGUUCACCUCCCACAGGUUGCUUUCUUCACCGAAUCUGCAGAGCAGCCAAUAGAAGAGCCGAAUUUGCACUAAUUCUGACGUAUGUGCGCCAGUUGGAAAGUAGAAUCAGAUUUGUCACUACGAUGCUCCUUUCUUUGCAUGGGCUGCCAAACGGUUCCGCGAUUCGGUCACCUGGCGCGGUUCAGCGGUUCGGUCAACUCAGCUCAAGCUCUCGGCAUGUGCAUGGACGGUGGAUUUCGUGAUGCGAAUGAUGAGUGCGCUGCCUGCCGAGUGCGCUGCCUGCCGAGCCCACGGCAGGCGCCGGGACAAAUUCGUGAUGGGGUAUUACAAGAGUGAGCGACCGAGCGCACCACGGGAGGCGCGCGCCGGAACCCUUUCGCGCUGUAACCCGAUUCGCACGGCCGGACCCUCGUCACCCGCAGGUGGCGGGUCCGGCUCCGCACGCUGGGAAGCGUUAGCGUGUGUGUCUGGGUUGCCGCCGUAUCUUCGCGCACAAGAGAUCGCUGGCCUUUUUUACGCCCUCCUAGCCUCAUUCGGGUCGCUGGCCUUUUUUACGCGCUCCGAACCUCUUUCGGUGCUAUCUGGUUCUUAUUCUCUGUCUGAUUCUCUGUCUCGAGUGCCUGAGCGGUUGUGAGCGGUCUUGAAAGUUGUCGCCCGGUUCCAAAAGGUGAAGGUCGAUUGGGAAGUGCGUGCUCGGAGCUACAGCAUGCAGCAUACUGUAACGAGGUUCAAGCUCAAUAACGGGGAUGAGAUCCCCGCUGUGGGAUUAGGGACGUGGAAGAUCGCACCUGAGGAUGUCGACGCUGCUGUGUCGACUGCUCUGGAGGCCGGCUAUCGCCACUUUGACUGCUCAACCAAAUACAAUAACGAAGCUCAGGUCGGGAGGGCGCUAGAGGAUGGCAUGGCACGGAUGGGGAUUGAACGCAAGGACCUUUUUGUCACCUCUAAGCUCUUGCCUUCGGAAUUCUCUCCCCCUGACAUCAUCCCGGCUCUCGAAAACACCCUUGGAGACCUCCGGCUCACACAUCUGGACCUCUUCUUGGUCUCCACAUACCCGUGCAAAUGGCCAAGCCUUGGCACUCCCCCCCUAAGAGAGAAGACAGGGUGCUGCCGUGGCAGAUGGCAGCAGUUGGAGGCAGCAGUGGAGCGGGGAUUAGUGCGCGCCAUCGGGGUCUCCAAAUGGUCGGUGACGAAGCUGAAGCAGCUGCUGAGCUGGCGGCCCGUGCACGUGCCAGCUGUCAACCAGGUGGAGGCGCAUCCCCAUUGGAGGCAGGAUGCCAUGCUGGCGUCUUGCAAGGGCGAGGCUUACAUCCCUCUCGGCUCGAGGGAUCGCUUGGUUUAUGACGAGUACCUCACGCCUCCCGUGCUUCUAGACCACCCGCUGAUUAAGGAGGUGGCGCAUAGUCUGCACCAGUCCCCAGCGCAUGUGGCCCUAUGUUGUGGCAUCCGGGGGGGAAUGAGCGUCCUGCCCAAGAGCAGCUACCCUAUCCAGUCCACUCCCUCUUCUUCUAUCCGUUACCCGCUCCCUGCCAUCAGGUGGCCAGGAAUCUGCAUCAGUCCCCAUCACAAGCCACCCUGCACUGGGGCAUCCAUAGGUGAUGGCUGUGUGGCCAGCAAUCUGCACCAGUCCGCAGCGCAAGUGGCCUUGCGGUGGGGCAUCCUAAGGGGAAUGAGUGUGCUGCCUAAGAGCAGCAGCCCAUGGCACAUAGAGGAGAACAUUGGCCUGUUUGAUUGGAGCAUACCCCCCCUGGACUUCCACGCUCUCUGCAUGAUAGAGCCCCAGGUGCGCAUGUUGGGUUACUACGGCUACUGGGUGGGUGAAGGCCGGCCGUUCCUGGAGCCAGAGGAGCUUUGGGACGACGAGGCAGACACGGCAGAUGAAGAAGGUAAGGCAAGGGAGGGAUGCAUGGCAGCUGUGGAGGAAAGGCAAGGAGGGUGAAGGCCGGUUGUUCCUGGAGCCAGAGAAGCUUUGGGACGAUGAGGCAGACACGGAAGUCUAGGGGGACAACGGAGAGGAAGGAUACAAAGCAAUGGAAGGAUUCAGGGCAGCUUCGGAGGAAAAACAAGGCCGAGCCAGUGCAGGAGACGACUGGGAGGAACGAUGGCAGUGGGGCAUUUUCCUCUCAGUCUGUACAAUGAAUAAACUUGGUUUUUCUCAUUCGUCGUGGACCGUGGUGUCUUCCUUCGAAGAUGGAAUGCAGAUCCUCCCAGUGGAAUGCAAAUCCUCGCAAUGGAACGGAAAGCCUCUGUAAAUGAGAAGAGUCAUGUGCUCUUGAGCAGCCAGAUGGCUUGGGAAUGGGGGAUAUGAUAUGAUGGAAAGUGAAGUGAGCUUCGCAAGCAAUUAAGGCGGGUGGGAUGCUGGGAUGGGAAUGGGGGUGGCAGUGGGGGAUGGAAAGCUGGGCACACUUGAUGUUAAGUUCCGCUACGCUAAGCUGCGACAACGGUACUCACUGGAAUUUAUGGCACUGAUAAGUUGA